AUGUCUUACUUGUGUCUAGGGCCAAUGAGUGCGGGAAAAACGCUGCUGCUCACCUGCUUGCAGAAGCCUGAUUCCGUAAACUUCACGUCCCAUUCCGUACCGAGCGUGGGAACCAACUUGUACACCAUCAAGAUACCACCGAUCGUGAUAGACGAAAAGGAUGUUAAUCAAAAGAUUCCGCCACCGGGAAAACGUAAAGAGUUGGUGCAGGUGCGUGAGGUUGGUGGUUGUCUUGCACCGAUUUGGCGGGACUAUUUGGUCAAUCAUGUGGAAAAGCUAAUCUACGUGGUGGAUACCUCAAACCUGUGUCAAAUUUCAGCCGCUGGUGUUCUUUUGUACUCGAUGCUGGCCGAGCCAAGGUUGCAAAGGACGAAAUUUUUGCUCGUUCUUUCCAAAAUGGACCUUGCAUACCGGCAGAUGCGUAACGAGGCGCUGCUUAUGCUGCAAAUGGAAAAGUUUCAAAAACAAAUUCCUCAGCAUAUCACGAUCAUACAGUUCAGUGCUAUUACGAAAGAAGGAAUCGACGAAGUAUACGAUUGGUUGGCAAUGAAUUAA